AAACCUUUCUGAUAAUGAUCUCAGCGGUGAGAUUCCAGCUGAGAUUGGAGGCUUCACUUUAUUGAAGUACUUUGACGUCUCUGGCACCAACCUCGUAUGCCCACCUGACUACUCCGCCUGUGGCACAACACAAUCUCCCAACGCAGCCUUUUGUGGCACAUGUCAAUCCUUCUGCAAGACUUGCUACCAAUCUGCAGGAGGUGCGGGUACAGUGUCAUUGGGCGCCAUCAUUGGCAUUGUUGUUGCCGCUAUGGUCAUUCUCCUACUUCUUGGUGCAGCUCUGCUUUACUUCACACACAAAAUCAAGCUGAAACCACAAG